CUCAGCCUUGUUGAAUGCGAAGAAGUUUGUGCUCCUUCCUGGUUGCUUCGAGUGUCUUGCAAAAUGUCGAGGGGCCCUCUGACUCUGGGUCAGGUCAUAGGCGAUGUAUUGGACCCCUUCUCCAGAUCGGUAUCGCUCGGCGUCCUGUACAAGAAUAAGCUGGUCAUCAAUGGCAGCGACUUCAAACCAUCCGCCGUGGUCGAUAAGCCGAAAGUCGAAGUUGGAGGAGAUGACCUGCGGACGUUUUACACUCUUGUGAUGGUGGAUCCAGAUGCGCCAAACCCCAGCAAUCCGACGCUGAAGGAGUACCUGCACUGGCUGGUGACGGACAUCCCUGCCACCACCAACGCAAGUUUCGGUCGAGAGUUGGUCUGCUACGAGAGCCCGCGGCCGACGGCAGGGAUUCACCGCAUGGUCUUCGUGCUGCUCCGCCAGAUGGGGAGGGGGACGGUGUUCGCGCCGCAGAUGCGCCACAACUUCAGCACGAGAAGGUUCGCGGAGCAGUACUACCUGGCUCCUGUCGCCGCCACCUACUAUAAUUGCCAGAGGGAGGCCGGCACCGGCGGCAGAAGGUUUCGGGGAGACGACUGAUGCUGAGAGGAGAUAUACUAUGACCACUUCAGCUAUAGUUAGUACUUGAAUCCGUAAAUAAAUGCAUGCCACAAGCAUGCCUGAAUCCAUAAAGAAAUCUAUGCUGUCAGGUUCGUUCAUACUGAUGAUGUCAACGCAUACGAUACAGCCAUGUAAUCAUUAAUAACUUAAUAUCCAACUACAUAAUAGAUAUUGAAACUCCACGCUGUGUGCUUGAUUGAUAUUUACAA